GGUCCAGUUGGACCGCCUGGAACCCGUGGGGUAAUGGGACGUCCGGGAACACAGGGAUUAACAGGCGAACUUGGUCCAGCGGGAGAACCAGGUCUUCAGGGAGUUCAGGGACAAACCGGAGAAACCAGGCAUUAUGGGUGCACAGGGAAGCCGAGGACCCAAAGGUGACGUUGGUGACCGUGGGUGGCCAGGGCAACAGGGUCCUUCGGGGACAAGAGGAUACCCAGGAUCAACAGGAAAACAGGGAAUUCCAGGAGUCCCAGGCGAAAUGGGUGGACAGGGGACGAAUGGCGAAAUGGGCCCGAAGGGAAGUAUAGGUUAUAUUGGGGAAAAAGGUCUUGCAGGAUUACCUGGACAGCAGGGCGCACCGGGUAGUAUUGGCAAAAAAGGUGUACGUGGAGCUAAAGGAGCAAAGGGUCCACGUGGUCGUCGUCACGUCGGUGAAGUUGGCGACAAAGGAGAAAUGGGAGUCGAAGGGAACAUGGGAAGACGAGGUGAUCAGGGAAUGUUUGGGAAUAUUGGACAGACAGGGAAACCAGGGUUAGAAGGUCCUCGAGGCCCAGCAGGUGUUAAGGGAGAAAAUGGAAAGAUGGGAAAUGAUGGCCUACCAGGUGAUCGUGGAUUCCGUGGAUCGAAGGGUGUCAAGGGGGGUCAAGGUGGAAGAGGUGAUAGCGGUCGAGAGGGUGAAAAAGGUGAGCCUGGGAUCGAAGGCCCUCCAGGACUCGUCGGGGAUAGGGGGCCAAUGGGAGCACGAGGAAUACAGGGACCAAAAGGUGAACCAGGAAUUAAGGCGAUGCAAGGUGAACCCGGUAAAACUGGUACACAUGGAGAGCCAGGAUUACAGGGGGUGCGAGGUGAACCUGGUGAGAAAGGAGACCAAGGCAUUGCUGGUAGCAAGGGACAUCAAGGACUCGCUGGUUUGCCUGGACCCCUUGGAGAGGCUGGAAUACCGGGUGAUGCUGGCGUCCCUGGAGUUAUUGGUCUUCCUGGUGCAGCAGGCCUGCCAGGUAUUGAUGGAAUUCCAGGAGAACAAGGAGAAUUCGGUCCACGGGGAUUGCCGGGUGUAGGUGGUCAACCUGGUGUACAGGGAAAAAUUGGAAAUAAAGGAUUGCAGGGUGAGAGAGGAUUUCCUGGAAAAGAAGGGCGACGAGGAAGUAUGGGAGAAAGGGGUGAUGUUGGAUUGCCAGGUGAUCAUGGUCCAGAUGGGUUGAAUGGCGAUAUGGGUGAUGUUGGAUUGCCAGGUGAUCAUGGGCCAGAUGGGCUGAAUGGCGAUAUGGGUCCUCCUGGGUCAGUACCUGGGGCUCCUGGUCAAAGAGGAAAGAUGGGAGAAAAGGGUACAAUCGGAAUCAGGGGACCCGCUGGGAUUGCUGGAGAUCCAGGCCCCAGAGGCCGUCCUGGUCAUGGUGGAUUCAGAGGUUUCAGAGGUAACAUGGGAGAUCUAGGGGACCGAGGAGAACCUGGUUUACCUGGACUGCCUGGCCCUAAAGGUAAACAAGGUUAUCGAGGUUUUCGCGGUGAACCAGGACAUCCAGGUGUUCGGGGGUAUGAGGGUGAGGUGGGGGAUGAAGGAUUACGAGGAGAUCCCGGAUUUACAGGAGCGCCAGGAGUACCUGGAAUGUAUGGUCCCCGGGGUCCCACUGGAGAUAGAGGCGAUACAGGAACUCAGGGACUGCCAGGGCCUACUGUAAGUAUAUUAAUAUAUUGUUUAUAUUCUGUUUUACUCUGUCUGGUCUUCAAAGCGUUAGCGUCGAUUUCGAUACGGGUUCUGUGCGACGUACACAAGGCGUUCUGUCUAAAGAAUGUGGUUCCAUGA